UGUAUUCAAAGGGUCAUUGUAAAAGUGUUUUAUUUUUUCAAGUGAGAAAAAUAAUUCUUUAACUUAGAUUUUUUCUAAUAUAAUAAACAAUAUAUAUACAAACCAUGUGUAGUAAUUUAAAACUUUUGAAAACAUGUUCAAGCGUAUUAAUGUGUUCUAAUUUCGUAUUUGCAUUGUUUACUAAUCUUUUGUAAUAUCGCUUUUAACAUUCGCCAUUGACGUAAAUCUUGGUCAUGGAGGUUAAUCCAUUGAAUAUAUUUUUUGUUAAGUCUGACAGCAAAGGUGAUAGAUUGUUAUUUAGAUAUCCCUACACGACUGAGAACAAAAAUGAAAAUAAGCAGAAGAAAUGUGGCCGCCACAAUCCAUAUGCAAUUAGUUCCACUGAAGAUCUGUUGCAAAACUCACAAUCACAAACAUCGAAUAUCUGUAAAGGACAACUAAGUGGCUUCACAGAUGAAAUGUUAUCAACUUUAUUUGCUGUAAAAGCAGAACUUUGUAAUAGGAAGUUUGAACUAAAAGUGAAUGAUGUGAGAUUUGUGGGCCAUCCUACACUACUUCCCUACCGAACAAAUAAAGAUGACACAGCUGCGAUGAUCCUUAUCAAUAUUGUAUUUGCACUCCAGGCAUCUGCAAGCCAUUCAAUUGUUAAAUGUUACUAUGACUUGAGCAAAAGACUGGGUAAAGCAUUAAGGCAUGAAGAGAAAAGGUGUUCUUAUUUGACAGAAGAAAUGAAAAUUAUGUUGGCAGCCCACGAUGAAGUAUCAGCUCUAGACAGUGAAGCCAAUUCAGGAGAAAAUGAGGACGAAGAAGAGAAUUCUCGUCACUCAGUCAGUUCACAUACGCAUAGCACAGAUAACAGUACAGCUAGUACUGUACCUAAAUCUGCUUUUCAUCUUAUACUACAGAGAAGCUCGCUGGCCAGAUCUAUGAAAGCUGUAUUUGAAGAAUUAAGUAGUACAGGUAUUGUUCAAGUUCGCAUAAAUAAAUGGGUUCUUCUAUCAUUCUGUCUCCCACAUAAAGCACAUCAAAUCCACAACAGAGGUCUGAUAAUAGAACCAGAGACAAUAGACAAAUGUGUGCAAAAAUUAAGACCCUAUCAUGGCAUUUUACUUAUGGUAAAUCCUAAUGACUUAUUGGCAUCAAUUCCCUUAGAUGGAAGUCCUGCACUUUUAAGACUUAUUAAACUCUAUAGUCCUUUGAAGAGCUUGCAAACAUUAGCCAUUGAAGCAGAUUUAACACUGACACAGGCUUUUCAAUUAACAGGACAUUUAGUGUACUGGGCUAAAGCUACGGUCAUAUAUCCGCUUUGUGAAGGAAAUGUUUACGUCGUCGCCCCUGGAGCUAAUAUACACAUAAACUCGCCUCUUGUUGAUGAGUUUGCCAAGGAGUUUCCUGGUUUAUGCCUAUUACAGAUGCUAAGCGAGUUCUCGCUGCCCGCGCCGCUGUGGUACGUGUCGCGAGGAGCGUGGGGCGCGCGCUGCGGCGGGCGGCCGGCACGGCUCGUGGCGUGGCUGCUGCGGCGCCGGCUGCUGCUGCAGCUGCACACCUACGUGCAGUUCAACUCGCCGCACUGCCCGCAUUGGCCGCGCCCCGGCGCGCUCGAUGGCAAAGAAUAUUUCUGUGAAAAACACGACUCGAAUUACCAAUCGAACAGCGUAUCCUUUUCUUCCUUGAACCAAGUGCAACUAAAUGUUCCUGAACCAGUUGAACCUAGAGAAAGUAGUAACACGUUUCCAGAUUCCGAUGAAGAUUAUCCGACCCAAAAUAACCUCAAUCAGACAGACUUUUCACACACAAAGCCUAUCGUUAUUGAAUCGGAACAUAUAAAGUAUGACAAUUUUCACGAAGUUGAUUCAGCAAAUCAUUCCUUCGACGACGGUGUUGAUGUAGUAGAUGGUUUAAUAAAACCAAAAGUUAACGGAUGUGACUAUAAUAAGACUCAAAGUAUACAAAAAAAGGUUCAAGGAAACUCUGUAGACAGUGGCAUAUCGAAUAAUUUAAAUGGCAAUGGUAUCAAUGGAGCAGAAAAUGGCCAUGUUAAUGGACUAUCAGAUGCUAAAGACAAAUCUGAGAUAAAAACCUUACCUUCAAGGCUUUCGGAUAUUUCUUUAAAAGAAACAGAUAGCGUAAUUAAUAGAGACACAAGUAGCGAUGAAGACAAAUUUGAAAGUGAUGUGGAUGUAUCGCCGAGACUUAGAAAUGGUCAUGCCGCAACAAACGGUAUGGAGAAAACGAAUGGAGUGUCCUUAAAUCUUAAGCUUCAGAGUGAAAUGAGUUUCCAAUCUCCUACCGUGUGGACAGCGCCUGCGGGUUGCGAUGCCAUAGAUGCGUGUCGAAUGCCCAGUGAUCCCCCCUCCACUGAGUCAUUACUUGACACAUUCACCGCUGAAGAGAGAGCAGUGUUGGCGACCAUACCCGCCUCCGAAGACCCUAGUGAUCUUUUACUACUUGCUCAGUUACAUAAAAAAGGCUACUUCCGUGGUGAACAACAUCUCGAAGAAAUAAUGUUCAUGGAGAAUGUUUCUCGAUCACAACUAAUGCAACUUCUGGACAAAUUCAAAGAUGUACUCAUUACAUUUGAAACUGAAGAUCCUGCUGUUGCUAUGCUAUAUCCAUACAACUAACUUAUAUAAAUUUA